AUUAGAUGGAGACUUCAAGUUCUAGUGGGCAAUUAUUAUAUGGACCCGAAGACCCGUCCUUGCUAAAUUUGCAGAAACAUCACAUUUCACAUAAACUCAUGAAAGAGGGCACAACCCAAGUAUUUAAAGUCCGAAGGACAGAAAGCAAGACUUGGGACGUCGAAAUUCACGAGAAUGUUAGAUAUUGGCUUGACGUCUUUGGUUUCAAAGGCGUGAUCGAUUGUGGGAAGCCCAUGAAGGUGGACAACGAGCUGAUCACGGCGUUGAUUGAGCGUUGGAGACCGGAGACGCACACUUUCCAUCUACCGAUCGGUGAGGCGACGAUCACCUUGGAAGAUGUGCAAGCCAUUUGGGGCUUGAGGGCGGAUGGUCGCGUUUUCACAGGGCGUGACUAUCAUGACAACUUUCCAGACUGGACCAGCAAGUGCCGCGAUCUGUUGGGAUGGAUACCAGAUACUUCCACAGAGACAAAGCAAGGCGGUUUGCUGAUGACCGCACUGAUCAACCAGACAAGGAUGCCUCUGGGUGAUGACCUACCUAUGUACGUAUACAUCCAAAGGGCACGUAUCCAUGCCCUAAUUUUAUUAGGAGGUCUCAUUCUACCGGACACCACGGGGUGUAAGGUGCCAUUUAUGUGGUUGAAUGGGCUUGGGGAUCCAGAAGAGGUGAAGAAUAUUAGUUGGGGAAGUGCGGCAUUGGCCUACCUUUAUCAUUAUCUGUGCGAGGCUUCCAUGGAUAAGAGAAAAGAGUUGGGCGGGCCUAUGAUGCUUCUGCAGCUAUGGGCGUGGGAAAGAAUGCCCACAUUGAGGCCUGCGUUCAUUGGACCAGUUGUGCACGAGCCAUAUACACCAUGUGGCGCCAGGUGGAAAGGAACAACGCAGAUAGGAAAUGCUCCUAAACACUCGGUUGAGCAUUAUCGUGACCAAAUAUCUCUGAUUAGACCUGGUCAGGUGAGUAUUAUUUCGGUUUAG